AGUUGAUGCUUGUCCACUCCACUCACUCACAGCGUCGUUUCUCCACAAGCAAAACGCACCCAAGAAUCCAAAGUUGCAAUCUUUUCGAUGAUUCCCUUAACCCCAUUAAUCUUCGCCAACAACACCGUGGCUCCGUAAGGUGUGGUUGCAGUUUUCGGGUUUCUUGUUCAUGGAUUUCGGAGGCCCCACCAUGACCCGUUUGAUCGGGGAUUACAUACUGGGUCCUCGAAUCGGGUCGGGUUCAUUCGCGGUGGUGUGGCUUUCAAGGCAUCGACGCUCGGGUUUGGAGUUUGCGGUGAAGGAGAUUGAUACGAGGCAUAUGAGUCCCAAAGUCAGAGAGAAUCUGCGAAAAGAGAUUUCUAUUCUUAGCACUAUCAAUCACCCUAACAUCACUCGACUCUUCGAAGCAAUUGAGACCAAUGACAGGAUUUACCUUGUUUUGGAGUAUUGUGGUGGUGGGGACCUUGCUGCUUACAUUCAUCGCCAUGGCAAAGUUUCAGAAUCCAUUGCUCGCCAUUUCAUGAGGCAAUUGGCUUCUGGGUUGCAGGUGCUUCAAGAAAAGAACCUCAUUCAUAGGGAUUUGAAACCACAGAACUUACUAUUGGCAACUUCAGCAGCUACACCAGUUCUUAAAAUAGGGGAUUUUGGUUUUGCAAGGUCUCUCACACCCCAGGGGUUGGCAGAUACACUAUGUGGUUCACCUUAUUACAUGGCUCCAGAGAUAAUUCAAUGUCAAAAGUAUGAUGCCAAGGCUGAUUUAUGGAGUGUUGGGGCAAUAUUGUAUCAGCUAGUGAUUGGGAGGCCGCCAUUUGAUGGAAAUAGUCAAUUGCAGCUUUUUCAAAAUAUUUUGGCAUGUACUGAACUGCACUUUCCACCAGAGGCUUUAAGAGAGCUACAUUCUGAUUGCUUGGAUCUUUGCAGAAGCCUUUUACGUGGAAACCCGGAUGAGAGAUUAACAUUCAAGGAGUUCUUCAAUCACAAUUUUCUACAGGAACCCAGGUCAAUCGGGAAUGUUGAUCAGUUUCAAUUACAUCAAUCAGAAAGAUCAAUGUCUCAUCAAUUAGUUAGCUCUGCCUCUGAGAAGAAUUCUCAAUCACAUUCUGAGUAUCAUGUCGAGUCAUCUGUAGAUGAUCCUGUGGUAGUCAGUUCAGCUGUCAAUGAGACCAUGCUGUUGCAAAUGAAGGAUUGCAAGAUCACAGCUGGCACUAAGAUUGUUAAAGGGUCAACUCCAAAUAUUGCAAGUGAUAAGCAGGGGAAGCCUGUUGAUGCAGUUGCUCAUUUGUCAAACCAAACCAGAGUUUCCCAUUUAAUGGAGUCCAUUGAGAAAGAUUAUGUCCUCGUAAAUCCCCAUUUUGCAUCAUUGGAGGCUUUCUCUGACUACUAUGAGGCAUCCAUGCAAGAUAAAUUCUCAAGCAGGGUUACUAUCUGUCCUUCAAAGAGGACUAACCUGGAAAUUGAAGCUGCUAAGCAAACAAAGGAUCCGUGCUCUUCCUCCACUGAUGGAUUAGGAAAUGUAACAAGCAAUGAACUUGAGGCAUCAGUGUCAUCCUGUGAAUUUGCUGCCUUUAGGAAAGAGCAGGGAAUUUCCUCACUGCACCCUUCAAACAGGUUAGAGUCGUUGCAUCAGUAUGUGCAGAUCCUUGCAGAACUUUCGCAAGAAAAGUAUAAUACAGGACAGUAUCUAGAGUCGCUUGCAGUUGAGUUGGUGGUUUUGGCUAUAUGGAAGAAAGCUCUAGAAAUUUGUAGCUCUUGGUUAGCCUCCAUUAGUGAGGGUGAGUUGCCUGGAAGCAGUUCAGCUAAUGAAUCCAUAUUGGCAAGUGGAGAUGUGGGCUUGUCACAGACCAUGGAACAACAGAACAUAAAUUUCAGUGAUCCUACAUCUGUUUCCUUGUGGGCCAAAUAUGGGUUUAUUGUUGCAGUUGAGCAUGCUGACAAACUAUCAUGUCAUAUUCAAAAUAUGGAUGGGGCAGCCGAGAUGCCAGAUGCAAUGGAGAUUAUAUUCCGACAAGCACUUAUAUUCGGGACAAGUGGUGCUGUAGAUGAGUAUAUGGAGAACAGAGACAGGGCUGCUGCAUCUUACUCAAAAGCGAUUCUUCUACUUUCAUUUAUUGUGGGAGAAGCAGAGAACCUUCCACUUAACCCACCUUUUUCACUUCUUGAAACUGAUAAGAAACGAAUCUUAAAAUAUAUUCUCAUCUUGCAGUCUCGUAAAAAAUCUUCGUCACAGUCCUCUUCAAAGGAAGCUUGCACUCUUUCAUCGAAGUAAAUAACCUGUAAAUUGGUGAAGUAAUUUGUUGCUGACAUGAGUUGUUGACUUCCUAAUAAUUCGACCAGAGACAACCUUUGACAUAUACCUUAUUGUAUAUAGAUAUGUACAAACCUACCAUGGCUUUUCAGAGGGACUUUGCCUUUAUUGCAUGUUUAAUGUAUAUAUAAUCUCGUUAAUUCUUUGAGAUGGAAUUUGUAAAUAGUGUAUAGCUCAUAGUCUUGUACAAUUUUGAAACCACUUUACGAUCAAU